CCUGAAGCGUGGCGAAAUUGGAGCAAAAGUAAUUGUUAGAUGGUAUAAAAGACAUUGGCAUUCUGGAGGGGGUAUUCAGUCGAAGGUGUAGGUUACCGAGAUGAGCAAUAUCAUGAAGACUUUGAGUGUUCUGCUUGUGGUCACUGCCUGCUUAGCUUUGGCCUCCGCUGAUCAGAGUUCGGGCAGCAAGAACCGGAAGGAGAAUGCGCUUAGCAAGAUUGUCCCUCGUUUGCUGUGGAACCUCCAUAGAGGCGACAAAGACGACCGCCGCAGUCAGCAACCCAUCAUCAUAGUGCAGCAGCCCAGUUCCAACUCCGACUGGGAGUCGGACAGGCGCCACCAUCACCAUAGCCCCUACUAUCCCUACUACCCACCACCUCCACCUCCUCCACCAACUUCCAGGCCCAACCCUUAUGCUGACUACCUAAACGGACUCCCUGGGGGAUCUGGUGCCACCUUCCUCAUCGUCAACCCCAACAACGCUCAGGGCAUUUACGUGCCAGCCUCCAGCAGCAACAGUUCCAACUCGACGAGCUCCCGGAGGAGCGCCUUUGUCCCCUCGAUCGCUGAUAUCCUCCAAGGUCUGAAUCUGGACGAUCUGGCCGAUGGCAGUCUGUUUGAGGAUGACUCCGAGGUGGUGGACUCUGCCGACGAGGGAGUCUUGGACUUGGCCACUGCUGCUGGGGCAUCGGCACCUCAGGCAGAUGACGAUCGCGAGGACCAGGAUGUGAUCACCGAGGACGAUGUGGAAGCUCUAGACCGCCAGACGCGCCGCGGACUGAAUCCCAAGCACCUAGUGUCCCUUUUAACGCAGGACAAGCGCCGUCGGAGAAUUCAGGAGGUUCUAGCUGGCAUUUACUUGAGGAACUAUAAUCUUAACAGGAAGUAAAACUUGGACAGCUCUUCUG